UCGGAACAACUCGCGUGACUUUCUGUACACAACACAACGUGAUUAGACUUAGAGGAUGUUGCUGUUGAACGAUGUCGUGAGUGUAAUUGCAUCCCAUAUUGGCACCAGUGUUGCGGCCACAAGUCUUUUGCUAUCACUUUUUAUAGGCUAUCCAGUUGGACUCCUCCAUCGUGCUUUCAUUCAUGGAAAAGAUGAAAAUAUUCACCAUUUGUUUUUCACUGCAACGGGACUUGCUGUAUAUUACUUUAACUUUGGAUUAUCGUUUUUUCACCCCAUCAUCAAUAUUGUUGUGAUAUAUGUACUCCUGCGAGUGGCCGGUGGAUCCAAAAUUUCGGUGGCCUUUGCCUUUCUGUUUAACUCGGGUUACCUAUUCUAUAGCUAUUUACAAAUAUCUAAGGAAGGUUAUGCCAUUACAUGGAGCACGCCCCAAUGUGUGCUGACGCUGAGAUUGAUAGCUCUUGUAAUGGACUACUAUGAUGGGAAAAAAAGCCAGGAUAAGUUGUCUAAAGACCAGAAAGAAAACUUCAUCUCUGACCCUCCCUCUCUGCUUGCCAUGUUAGGUCAAUCUUUCUUCAUUGGUGGAAUGUUGGCGGGACCACAGUUUGGAAUGAGGAAAUACCUGGCCCUUACAAGAGGAGAGUUCAGUGCAUUGAUGUCUAAAGAUGCUUCAAAAGAAAUGCAGAACAGUCCCCCGGCAAGUUUGGGACCUACCUUUACCAGACUUAGCCUGGGUGUAUUCUACAUUGUCCUGUUUCAGGCCGGUAACAUUCUUUUUUCGGAUGAUUUCUUCUUCACUCCAAAGUAUCAGGAAUUGGGUUUCCUGACCAAGUGUACCUACAUUCUGAUCUGGGGACAGUUGCAUUUCAGAAAAUAUGUUGGAAUUUGGCUGAUAUGCGAGGGCAUUUGUAUUUUGAUGGGACUGUCGUACAAUGGAAAGGAUGAAAAUGGUAAUAUACUAUGGGAUGGUGUGACCAACGUUAAACUAUACCAACUGGAGACUGCAUGUACAUUCCGUCGAUCUAUUGAAGCCUUCAAUCAUAACACCAAUAACUGGAUGUUUAGGUACAUAUACAAAAGGCUACAGUUUCUCGGUAACAGGUUAAUAUCGCAAGCUGUGACUCUGAUCUAUUUGGCUGUAUGGCAUGGAUUAGCAUCUGGAUAUUACAUGAACUUCUUCCUAGAAUUUAUCAUGGUCAACACUGAAAAUCAGAUUAUGGUGCUAGAAUAUAAGAUUCCUAUCUUGCACCAGAUCAACAACUCUAGUACUUUACAACCUCUCCUUUGGGCCAUAAAGAAACUGUUGGUGACAUUUUCCAUAAGUUAUGCCUUGGUCAGCUUCUGUAUGUUAACUUAUAAUCAGUAUUUACAGAUUUACUCUUCCGUUGGAUAUGUAGGUCAUUUCAUAUAUCUAGGCUUCCCUAUUGUCUACUGGGUCAUAAUGAGAGUAAUCAGAACGUCCCGGAAAUCAGAGAGUAAAUCCCAAUAGGCAAGAGAUCAACCCAAACAUUGAUAUCAGAUGACAUCCAAAGCAGCUACCUUUAUUUAUUGCUCACAAGACAGACAGCUGUUCAAGAUGGAACUAGUUAGAAUUGCCAUUUGGAUUGAAUUCUAAACUCUCACAAGAGGAUGUGGGGCAUGGAGUGUUGAACUUGUCCAUUUGUCUUUUUUCUAUCUCUCCCAAUUUUCUGUGCUUUUGUAACUUAAUCAUUUGGUCAAUUGAAUGAGCUUUGAAUAUUGUACAAUUAGGUGCUUUGAGGAUUAAAUAUCUGUGUUUCAGAAAUCAUUAUUAAUUUAAAAUACUGACUAUGUAUUUAUUUUAUUGGGAUUUAUAUUUUAGCACCUUUGAUGCAGAAAAAAGCUAGAAAUGGUUUGAAUAAAAUAUGAAGUGCUGUAACUAAUCAUUAUCUUACCACAAUAGGGCUGUCAGAGUCAUAAUGAUGUCAAUUUCUAAGGUAAUAUGAAUAGUUACAGAGUGCAUGAUUGUAAAUAAAAGUGACCUUAGCUUUUUAACCUUGAGAUAAUAACAUAAUUACAGAGCUGCAUGAUCUAUGCUUGUCCAUCUAAAUCUUUAUUAGAUGCGAUAUGUUCAGUAUGUAUAAAUCUAAACAUUUCAUGUUCACCAUGCCAGUUGACAAUUUUCAGGGGACACCUGUUGAUUUCAAGGUCCAAAGGUCAAGGUCAAAACAAAAUGCAGUGCUCCCACGAUAUAUUGCGAACUUUUGUUCAAGGCCAAUUAGGGUAAUGAAGCGGGGGUGGCAAUGUAAUGAAUUCACCAUUUCUGACAAUUCACUGAGCAGUUGAAAGAAAUUCAAUCUCAUAAAGUUAUUUGGACUACAUUCUGUGUAAACAGUUAGAUUAUCCUGAGUUUAAUUCAGUAAUUAUUAGUGAUUAACCUGAUCACCUUGUCCAGACUGUCACACUUCACCACACCGAUAUCAAAGUACAGGUGUGAUUGCUGAUGGGUGUUAGGUAAUUGGCAUUGUUAUCGAGGGUAAACUCUAUAAAAUUUGACCAUUUGUUUGUGAAAAUUAGCGGCCUAUGGUAUUAUGCAGGGUUGGCAUUAUAACGGGGGUGUUAACAUGGGAGGAAAUCUGUUCCUUAGGAUUUUCAGGUAAUAAGCGGGGGUGGCAUUAUAAUGGGGGGCAAUAUAUCGAGGGAGCACUGUAAUGAUUUACAUAUUUUUAACUUACAGAUGACAGACUUAAUUUUUAAGAUGUAAACAAAGGAUGUUCAGAAGAAGCACCUAUAUUGAUUUCAAAGUUAAGGUCAAGCUCAAAAAGAAAUGAAGUUUUGACUGUGUGAUGCGAUGCUCUGUCAGAGUAUUUAUCACCUUACAGUGUGUUAGUGGUCAUUGAUUAGAGGAAGAGGCCUUGUAAGGUCACAAGGUCAAGGCCAUGGUUACAGUGAGAAAAUGACUGAUUUUAAGACAGAAUGAUAUGAAUAUUGUUAAACCUGCUAUCUUCCUAUUUGAUACAAAGGCAUGUGAAAAUGAAACAAAGGUACUUCUAAGAUAUUUGGGCUUUAGGUCAAAAGUCAAGAUCACAGUGACACUUAUUGUUGACUUGAGCUAGUAGGAUACUAGAUGACUUUGUUUUUAUCAAUGCACAAGAAAAAGAAUUGAUUGAUUGGGGACAUGUAGUAUCAAUACUGUUUAUUUUGUAUAAUUAUCUUUAAGAGGUUUUAUCAUUUUUGAUCAUACAGUUGUUACAAGUAUUUUGUAUUGUACGUUCGAUUUUGGUGCUAGUAAAAACAAGUGGUUGAUAUCAAAAUGCAUGGAAAGAGAGAGUGAGAGAAACAACCUAUGAAAACUGAGAGAAAAUUCUACAAAUGUGGAAGUAUAAUUUAUGUGAAUUGGAAGUGAAAUCUUGAGUUUACACAGGGUAUAAAUUUAUUUUUAGGGACUGUAGAGCAGGCAUGAGGCUUGCAAAUGCUUUGUAAUUUUCAAAGUGUGAUUUUCCAUUCCUUGUAAUAGAUAACCAUUUAAAAAUGUCACUGGGAUAUGAUGUGGGCAGUCACAUGAUUGUUUGUUACUUAUAUAUGCAUUUGAGAUGAACAGGCAAUUUUUAAAAUGCGAUACUAAUUACCUACCAUACACCAUGAUAUAUGUGACAUAGUGACCUUCAACCAAAGUUCUUCUAAAUUUAGCCCAUGUUCAAUUUUAUGCAUUUUAAGAUAUUUCAGCUGAGGAUUUAUAUCUUUGCCCUUUUGAAAGUGUAUUUUUAUCUAAAUGUACAUUUCAAAUGAUCAGUUGAGAUGAAGUUAAGAUGAGGCUUAAUCAAAGAUUUAAAUGUUAAGAAUUUCAAACAGUGGUGCCAUUAAGAUAAUGAGCUAAGCUAAGCUUCUGGUAGAUUCUUGUUACACCUUGGUCAUAUGAUAUUAUCCAAUCAAUGUCCCUGUUCAAAUCGACAUCUAACGUUGUCACCUUUGAUCUCCCAGAAACCUCAUUGGAAUAUAUUUCCAUUGUUUUUACCCUUGGUAUCUUUACAGAUUGUAAUGAUUACCAAUUCCUCGUGAAUGCAUUGCAGCUGUGAAUGAUGUGCCUAUGGGUAUUGAUAAAUAAUUUUAACUAUUUGAUAAAUAUGGUAUGUCCAUUUUAACUAUUUUGGCUUUUAACAUAUAAGCUGAAUUGUAUCUGUCCUUUCCAUUGUGAUGUCAAAUGUUUUAACUGUAACGGGUGACAAUCAUGAAUGUAGUAUAUUUUCCAAUCUUGCUAGCUAAUGUUACAUGGUCUUAAUGAAGGAAUCUGACAAAUGCAUUGGUGACAGGCAUUUGAAUUACGCUGCGUUAUUGAUAAAUUUAGGAUAAGUUAAGUGUAGAGAAUAUGUAUGAAACAAAUACUAACUUGGGAUUCUCAGAUGUCAGAAGAACAGUGAAAAUGACCAAUCCCUUUACAUGUACUCUCGCAGUCAUAGGUAUUUCUUUUUGGUUUUAUGAAUAAUAAAUUGUUCGGUAUGUAGUGUUGAAAUCCACUACUCGAUUUAAGGUAAGGUUUGCAACAUUUUGACAUGUAGCGAACAAAGUCAUGUUGCAUAUCAGUAUGUUCAGUAGGAAUUUAUCUUUUAAAAAUUUACUUUUUAAAAAAAAUCACCUGUGUCAUUUUUUGACCAGAUGGGCUUAUUAUUAUGAUGUUUUACAUUUUCGGGGUCUUUGUACAAAAGGGAAUACUAGUGGUAUAAAAACUACAUGAGGCAAACUUAUGGGAUAAAAGCUGGUAGAAUUUUUAAAAAGAGUAUUAUUUAUAAGAUUACACUAAUUGGUAAAAAAAUGUUAUUUUAAAACACCAAAAAAUAGCACUUUUUAUAUCUUGAAUAAAAUUUAAAUUGGUUGCCAUGGCAACAAAAAAUGUAUAUUGAGCAGCUUUAUAAAGUCUGCAUCAGAAAUUUUUUACUUUAAACAUAAUAUUUGGACCAUAUUUAAGAAAGCAUAUAGAAUUACUACCCACCGGGCUUUGUUUCCAUGGUAAAAGAUUAAAAAGAAUUAUUUCAUUUAUGCGAUUUGUCACUUUGUUUUAUAAUUUUACAACUUUUGAAGAGUGCAUUGAGCAUUUUCAUGAAUAAGAUACAAUUCCAGCCCAAAAAUGAUAUUUAUAUUUAUUUGUCAAGUAUUGUAGUAUCACAUUUAUUAGAAAUUAAGAUGUUGAGGUUUUUUUCUAAAUUCAAUACAAUACAAUAUUUUCAAUAUCCCGGCGGGUUUUCCACAGUCCUGCUUCGUCAUAAAUUCUGUGUUACAUUAGCCUGAACCUGUCUUAUAUACUACAUCUUUGAAAUAAUCUCCCUCUCCUUGUUCCAUUCCUUGGUGUUUGUUUACAACUGUAACCUUCGUGACAAUAUCAAGUAUAAAGCCCGGUCAGUGGUGGAUCUAGAGGGAAUGGGGGGGGGGGGGGGGGGGGGGGGUAACAAAAAGUUAGUAAAAAUGACUCUAAUAAAUCUGUUUUAUGUCAACGUUAUGCAAAUGUUCCUCAGACAAAAUUAAGACUAUUUUAAGAUGUACUAGAGAAGACCUCUUUUUUAUUUUUACAUGAUCAGAUCAGUCGCAUUUUCUACAUUUCAAAGUUUAUGCGAUAAAUCGCUCUAUCAGCGCAUGUAGAUGUCACAGCAUUGAAAUAUGAAGUGCAUGUAAUUAGAGAGCAUUGUCAGGUUUAUUUUAAAAAAUGCUUGUGAAUUCCUAGCUUCAUUAAUGUCGAACCUUGUCUUUGAGGAUACUAUUUACAAACAAUGAUCGAUUAUAACAGCAUCAAAAUAUAUCCUACUUUCCCUACUGAGCAAGAUUCGCAGAGAUUACAUGGUCACAACAUAAUUUUAAUGGAAAUUAACCGUAGCGCAUACUACAUAUGUAUACAAAAAAAUUGUAGACUUUCAUAAUAUCAAAGAAAAUAAUUUAUAAAUGAUCAUUUGAGAAACAUUAUUUUGUCAUACUGUAGAGGGUUACACAUUUGACACUUGACAGCGGUAGUAGAUAACAAGUAAAUAUUAUGACAUUUUCCCUCGAUUCAACUAUGACGUGACACAUUUUUUCAUUAUGACGUCAUAAAGCACGAAGUGCACUGAGGUAUAUCCAGAGUUAUUUCUCUGUUGUUGCAAACCUUACCUUAAUCUCUUGCUGUACUAAAUAUAUGUAUAUACACAUGACUAGAUUACAUGUAGCUAUGUCCAAUGUCUGUUAAGGAUGCAUUGUGCAGAUUUUGUAAACCACAUGAUUUAUAACUAAUGAACUUUGCCAUUGGAUUUUUCAAAACAGAUUAAUUUGACUAUUGAUAGUCAUUAUCGUAACAUGACUAUUGAUUACCGUCAAUUGUUAGGUCACUGAGGACACUUGGAUGAGCUAAUGCAAUCUGUUUUUGUCUGUUUAGUGUGCAUCUGUCCUGCACUGACUCUUGAAUGAACAUAUUAAACUUUUCAGAUAUUAUUCGACCAAUAUCCAAUAAAUUCCGUAUGUGUUUGUUUUUGGUCAAGUGAACAGAAAACUGCUCAAAAUCUAGUGAACAGAAAACUGCUCAAAAUCAGAAAUCUGAACAAAGUUUUCUUUACAGACAGUGGACAUGCCUUCAUUACAUGUAAUCUUGUCAUACAUAUACCCUGCCGUAAAUGGCUGAAAUAUUGCCAUAAUGGUGUUAAACCCAAAACAGUUGAUCAAUUAUAUGUGUAUAUGUAGUUCAUAUAGUAUUAAAGGAAACCUACAGCAAGAGAUUAAUCAUUUAGUAUUGGAGGUCGAUUCAUGCGAGACAGAAAAAUAUUUAAUUCACAGGAAUAUUUUUGUAUUGUUCCACUGAAUGCUCUGCUCAUGUUUAAACUUGUAAAGCGAUUACUUUUGAAUAGUCUAACAUCCUUCAGCACAUGAUGGAAUGUAACAUUUGAUAUCCUAAUGAUUGUGGAAUGUAACAUUUGAUAUCCUAAUGAUUGUGGAAUGCAACAUUUGAUAUCCUAAUGAUUGUGGAAUGUAACAUUUGAUAUCCUAAUGAUUGUGAAAUGUAACAUUUGAUAUCCUAAUGAUUGUGAAAUGUAACAUUUGAUAUCCUAAUGAUUGUGGAAUGCAACAUUUGAUAUCUUAAUGAUUGUGGAAUGUAACAUUUGAUAUCCUAAUGAUUGUGGAAUGCAACAUUUGAUAUCCUAAUAAUUGUGGAAUGUAACAUUUGAUAUCCUAAUGAUUGUGGAAUGUAACAUUUGAUAUCCUAAUGAUUGUGGAAUGCAACAUUUGAUAUCCUAAUGCUUGUGGAAUGCAACAUUUGAUAUCCUAAUGAUUGUGGAAUGUAACAUUUGAUAUCCUAAUGAUUGUGGAAUGUAACAUUUGAUAUCCUAAUGAUUGUGGAAUGUAACAUUUGAUAUCCUAAUGAUUGUGGAAUGCAACAUUUGAUAUCCUAAUGCUUGUGGAAUGUAACAUUUGAUAUCCUAAUGACUCUGGAAGGCAACAUUUACAUCUAGUGCAUUACUUUUUGAAGGUGAUUUUAAUGUAAUAUGUUUAACUUUUCGAAGGAAAAAGAAAACAAUUGUGAUUGUAAUUUAUAACAUGAAAGAGAUAGCAGUGUGAUUUGCCCCAAGUCUGCGCAGGAGGAAGUUGUAUAUGUUUCAGACAAGGUGUAGGUUUUACAGAUUUUUGUUUAUCACAGUUGAUUCUAUGAAUUUAUAUAUAUUUGUAAACCUUAAGGAGGUUUAUUCAGUAAUUAUUUAUCUAUAUGUGCCUUAUUUUAUUAUUGAGGGUGUAUUUGUACAUGCACAGUUUUCUUAUGCCAUUUUAAAACAUCAAUUUUAUAUACAUGUACAUGCAGUGUAUACUAUUUGUACUUUGCUGUGUUUUUUCCGGAUAUAUACAUAUAAUAAUAACAUUAGUAUUGUAUAUUUCUCUGGUUUUUAAUGUACAAUAUCUUAGCUGAGUUACUAGGUUAUCUUUCCACUCCAAGGGUAAGCCUACAACUGUACAUUUUAAAAGUACCUGUUAUUUGCUAUAAACAUUACUUAUACAUGUCACUGAUUGGCAAUUUUUGAUAGAAGGUUUAAAUCUUAAGUCAAACAGCAGUUGAUGUCUUGUAAAGUUGUAGAUUCCUUGUUAUAUGCAAGUAAUUAAUAUUUGCAUUAAAAAUUCUUGCUUUCUUUUAUUUAUCACCUAUUUACGUAUAUAAUCUUACUCAUUUUACAUGAUAUAAAGUAAGUUGGGGUAAAGUAAUUUAUGCUUUUUAUUAAGCUAUCCUAGAAGUUCUUCCUAUGUGCUCAGUGAAUACAUUCUCUCACCAGAGGGCGAGUUAUCCAAGCUUUACUUGCACAUUGAAGUGAAGCUUGCAUAAUGCACCUAUGGUGAGAGAAUGUUGUAAAUAUUGUACUUUUUGGUUAACUAAAUCAUCUUAUUGACCUGAAAAAUGUCAAUACAUGUAACUAAAAAUGUUGAUAAGUCAAAUGGAUCAAUCAAGUUGCAUUUUACAAGUGGAAUUUUUAGUCCUUUGGAGUAUACAUGUAUAGCUCUUGCAAUAUUGCACCAUGAAUUAACAGCCAAAAUAAGUAUAUUUACUGGCAUACUGCAAGGAAUCUCAGUAACUGUGGUCCCCUUAGUAACCUAACAUUCCUGUUUUCUCUGUCAUUUUUUUGUUGGACGUUGUUUUUACUUUCAUGUAUACAUAUGUAUAUGAUGCACGUUUCAUGAUAAAAUUGUCAUUUGAUAUACCAGUACCCUGUGUUAUAAAUAUUUAAACAACUUAU